AUGGGACGGUUUCAUGGCAGUCUUGCGGAGAACCUCACGGCCGAAGCUAUGAUACAUGGCUGGGAGGCGAUCUGUAAGCUUUGGCAAGCAUCGUCGAUGUUGGAAAGCAAUGGAGUGGACGACCAGGCCAUCGAAAUAGCAGACAAGACUGUUCAGCAGAAUCUUCGGGAUGCCGUAAAGCUGCUUGAGUCAGCGUUGGAGAAGUUCAGCUGUAAUGUCAUAUACGGCAUUACGGGCCAAAUGUAUAACCCGAUAGUGCAUGAACUAGACCACUCGGACCCUGAGCUCGAGGCGCUCCAGCAACGGCAGGAAAAUGUUGGCAGCAGUAGCGGCGGGGCGCUGAGCGACCCGCUAUGCGGCGCUGCGGUUGCAACUGUGGUCCGGCCGGGCCUGGAAGUGUCGGGGAUCUUACGUGCGCGACCCCGGGUACGGGUGGCUCUGGUGUCCACCUCUGCAAGCCGUGCGAUGAUCCCCGGCGGCGCAUCCGCCACACCUGCACAGAAACACCGGAAUCAGCAAGAAGCCUGGCUGGCACCCUACGCGAUUAAGGCUUCUUCAGAGCUUGGCGCCACGGAGUCUGACAACGCGGCCUUCGCAGAUGCUCCUGUGCAGCUUGGUUACCUUGCUGCUGAGAGGGCUGCAGCCACAUCCAGGCAAAUGGGCCCUUCACCUCAGACCAUCGCACCCAGCCCACCGGCGUCCACGGCCGCGGUUUCAGUGUCAGGGCCGGCCUCGGCUGGCGGCGACCCGCGUGGCACGGAGUAUAGCGAAGGGUCUGUGACCUGGCGGGAAUGGAGCCCAAGCUCCGACUCUGUGGACAUGCAGGAGCAGGACCUGAACGCUGCGGCGGUUACAACGUCCAGCGGUCACAGGGCCACUCCUAGCGACAUGACAGCAGACGCCAGCGUCCCCGCCGACAGCGAUGUCCGCAAUGGCGGCGGCGCAGCAAUGGCGGCGCCAGGGACGGCGAGGUACACCGCUGCCGCUGUCAACGCUGGUGCUCGAGGUCCGCUGCAACUGUUGCUUGCCCUGCGCGCCGGACACGGUGGCAGUGGCAGCUGUGGCGCCACGACGGAAAUUUGGAAGUGUAGCGCGGACGGGGCUGGUGGGGGGAAGCACACCGCAGAGAAUGGCGGGGGACCGCCGGCCUGCAGCAUUGGUGGGGUGCAAGAGGAGGCAUGCAGGCGGAGCAGCGGCGCCAGCGGGGUUUCAGAGGCACCCGACGCGAUGGCGUGUGGCUCAGACCCUGGGCUGCAUGACACAGGGCCAUUGAAUGGUGAACUCCGUACUGCGUCGGACGACGACCGCGACAGCGGCCAUGAUGAUGUGUACCACCAGCAGUACGAUACCAACUUUCACCACGUUAUGGGCCAAUACGCACCGCAGUGGCCGCAACUGCCGCCGCUGCAACCUUUGCCGCCAGCGCUACUGCCGCAACCUCAUAGUCACCAGCCGCAGGUGCAGUGGCAGCAGCCCCACCCGCAGGUGCUGGCCGCGGCAGCUCCCGGCGGCUAUGGGGUCCCAUCAUCGUCCUCUGCGGUGCCCGUGCUGUUGGCUCUGACGCGAGCUGCAAACUGCGGGACGCCAGCGGGACGCGCAUUCGUACCUGGGGUGGGCGUCUCAUCUGGGCCAGCGCCCGCGUUUGUGGGGGACGCCGCUGGGGACAGGCUUUGUAAUGCAGGGAUAACUGGAGGCGGCUGGGAUCCUGAAGGGCCACCAACCGCGGCAGCCGACAGCGUCGGCGGCGCGGCGGCUGCAAUGUAUGCGAUGCCGGGAAGGGUGGGGCCGGCUAAUGUGACCAACACAGUGCAAGAUGCUUGCUCCAGAAGUUACAGCACUGCUGGCGCCAACGAGGGGGUCGGUGGUGGCUGUAGCAGUUGCAGCACGAACACGGCCCGACCAGCGGAGACCAGCAGUGCACUGUCCGGUGCGGCGGCGGCAGCGGCGCUGGUAACAGCCGCUGCCGUCCGGGCUGCAGCCGCAGCCGCGGCGGCCGCCGCACGGUCCGCCACAACGGCAGCUGGCUUGCCUCUGGGCUCCCGCACAUCGAUCGGCCGCGCCACCUCCACCUCGCAACCGCGGUAUUCCGCUGCUUCUCCUGCUACCGUUCCGCAGGCGCCUGAGGCGACGCCUGCUUCUUUUGGCGAUGCCGUAGCGCCUGCAGGCAAUGGCAGUGGUGCAGCUGCCGUACCCCCCGGCGGGUUCCGGACGGAGUCACCUGUAGAUAUCCCACCGCGGCUUAACAGGCAACCGUCGGUCUCUGUGGCGCAGCAGCGACCCCAGUCGCAACAGCACCCACCGUCGCGAAAGCACCGGCCUUGCAACGUACCGCCCACAGCUGUGGGCCGGGAGCGGCAGCAGCAGCCCUCUGAGCGGGCUGACCGGCCGCGCCGGGCUAAAAGCCGUACCCAGCGGCGUGAGCAAUACGAGCGCCACCCGGUGUCUGAUGCCCCGGAUAAGAAAGCCCCGCCGCCAGAGGCACUGGCUCUGGCUCAAGCGACUGCCAAAGCGGGAACUCUGACACGCCAUGCCGCGCCCUUGGCCAAGAAGGUUCUACCGGCGGACGAGCCGCUGGGGCCUUGUCUUGUGGAAGGUGGCGACGAGCGGAUGGAAGAGAACGGGUGCGCAGCGCGUUUUAUCGGCUUGGGGUUACAGCCCGAGUCACCGGGCCAGAAUCUAUACAGGCGGUACUAG